UUUGACGUUCAAAUGCCGUGAUGUUUUAACUCUCGUUCAUGAUGGAUCUUCCCUGCACGCAGUGGCAAGAUCACGUUGCUCAGAAAUGGAGUGGACUCGAUCCAAAGCAAAAGGAAACAUUUAACUCCCUGCGUGAAAUAGAUGAUGUCUUUAAAUGCGCUUUAAGUCUCGCAAAUCAAGAGGAUCUGGAUGCUGUGCAAUUGAUCUCUGCAGGGUAUUUAGCAAAGAAAGACUCUAGAGAAGCCUCCAAAUGCAGGGAAAGGGGAAACUGCAGCUUCAAGGCAAAAGACUACAAGGCUGCAGCUCUGCACUAUUCACAGGGAAUAUGUUUUGCUCCUCCAAGUUCUGAGCAGCUUUCUCUGUGCUAUGCAAAUCGCUCCGCUGCUCUCUACCAUCUGCAACACUAUCAGACAUGCCUCGAUGAUAUCAACAGAGCCCUAAACAAUGGCUAUCCACCUCAUCUUUCAUACAAACUGCAGGAUCGUCGCACUCUCUGCUUAAGCCGCCUCUCUGUAUGUGAAAAAACAAUAAAAGAUCCCCUCAGUGCUUCUGCAAAUGAUGAUAUAUGCAGCCAAGAUGUUCUCAUGUCAUCCAAUGGAGCCCACAGGUUUGGGAUCUGUCCUAAAGUUUCUGUUGGCUGCAGCGAGGAAAAAGGUUGCCAUCUGGUGGCUUUAAAGAAGAUAACAGCUGGAGAGGUGAUUUUGAGUGACAGGCCAUUCAGCUUAGUCCUCAUCCCAGGAACUGAGAAGGUUAAAGGAAAGAAAGAAAGGGAGCAGGGCACACAGAGGGAAAUGGUUCUUGGAACAGAGCACAGGCGAUGUCACCGGUGUUUGGCUGAAACUCUCUGUCCUGUGGCCUGUGAGGGAUGCAGCCUCAGCCAAUACUGUUCAGCUGCUUGUCAGCAAGAAGCCUGGGAAGAGCAUCACCAGUGGGAAUGCCCACUGGGAGCAGAUCUCACUGUGAUGGGUUUAAUGGCACAGCUCGCUCUCAGGAUAACGCUGAAGGCCCGGAUUAAAAACAUCCAAAUAGCAAGGCGGACAAUCAGAGACGAGCAGAAAAUGAAAGAGAAAUACAACCCGUACCUGACCGUGUUUCACUUGCUGCACCAUUUAGAGCACCAGAGCGCUGCUUUACGGUUCCUGUUUGCAGUUACUGUGGCCACGCUUUACCUGAAGCUCAGCAAGGCAGCUCCUCUUCCUAUACCUUGGAAGUUAAAUGAAGCUUCAUCAGCAUCCGGUGGAUCCACAGAUGCAGGAGACACAGAGUCGAGCCCAGAGCUGUGGGUUGUGGGAAGUGCAGUUCUAAGGCACAUGCUGCAGCUGAGGUGUAAUGCUCAGGCUGUCAUCACUCUGCAAGAAGCAGGAUCCCAAAACUCUCAAGUGCAGUCAGUGGAGGAAAUUCGAAUUGCCACGGCGAUGUUCCCAACCCUCAGCCUCCUCAAUCACUCUUGCUGUCCCAAUACCAGCCUGGUGUUUGGCACCGGAAAAGCUGCUGAUCCCUGUGUUUCACAGGAGUCUGCAGGUUUCAAUCACCGUCUCCUUGGGGAAGGACGUCUAGAUAGGGGAGUUACUGUGACGGUCAGGGCAGCCAGAGUAAUCACUCCUGGAGAGCAGGUUCUGCACUGCUAUGGGCCCCACAGCAAUCGGAUGAGGACUCGAGAACGGCAGCAUCUCCUGCAGCAGCAGUACUUUUUCCUGUGUGAGUGUGAGGCUUGCAGCAUACAGGAGGACCAGAGGAAAAGCAGCAGGAAGGAUUCAGGCCUCCUGUGUUCAAAGUGUAAAGGAGCUCUUAUAAGGGAGGGAGGAAGUGGAUUUACAUGUUCUAGUUUAACCUGUGGUCAUCAAGUGUCUGCUGCUGACGUGAACGAAAGGCUGCAGGAAGUCAGAGCUGCCUUGGAGAAAGCUGUUGAGCUCAUGGAGCGAGACGUUCCAGUGGAAGCCCUGCACCAUCUGCAACGGACUAGGAGUCAGUCUGGAUUUAUACUUGGAGAGAUUCAUCCUCUGCAGGGUGAGCUGGCUGAUGCCACAGCCAGAGCUUAUGCCGCAAUGGGAGACUGGAGAAAUGCAGCAACCCAACUGGAGCAAAGCACUGUAGCUACUGCCUCCCAGUAUGGAAAAGACAGCCUUGAAGUAGGACAGCAGCUUUUCAAAUUAGCUCAGCUCCACUUCAAUGGUGGUGCUAGAGGCCCGGCCCUCUCCGUCAUGUCCAAGGUCAAGCCUAUCUUCUCCCUCCACUGUGGUCCUAAUUGCCCUGAACUACAAGAACUGAACGCCAUGGAGGAAUGUCUGCAAGGGUUGACAUUUUAGAAUUAAACCAAACUGAUCAUAUUAAAAAUCCAAAAAUAGAUUUGCAAUCAGUGAAACUGAAUAUAAGUACAAAGUUAUGGUUCUGAAAAGACUCUAUUUUCUGCCUGUAAGCAGUUGUAUACGUGUGCGUCUGUGUGAGUCAAUGGAUCCAUCAGUAAUUCCAAUUUCAUGCUUCAGUGAUAGUCUUGACCUGCAUAAGACUAUCUUUGCAACAGUUACAUGUUCUGGAUCGGACGGAUGUAAACAUUAUUUUUUAUAACUGUGGAUUUUUCAUCUUGUAUUGCAGACCUAUAAAGAAUGAUUUAAAACCAAGGAAAUCCAUCUCCAAAGUCAACCUCCAACAUGCCGCCCUCUGACCUUUAGAUGGCAGUAGUUGCACGCUGACUAAUUCAAUUUCAUGCUUCAAUGACUGGAAAGCAGGAUUCUGCUCUGACUCUUGAACCUGCAGUGCAUGUCCCCCAGGACCUUCACCCUAAAUGUCCCUUAUAACUCGGUGUGGUUAUGGCUUUAUUUGUGAAUAAUGACAGGUCUAAUCAGGGUCAGCAAUUCUUAGAAAUUCUUUCCUACCAGUUGGGAAUACACAUCGUCUGCUGAUGCAAGACUGUAAAAUGGGAAGUCCUCAAGCAUUCAAAACACUGCUUUAGAUUUGUGUGUUAAGUCAAGGUUAAGCAGUCCAUUGUGCAAAUAUUUGAUAAUUAGUUCAUCAAAGACUAAAUUUGCAGCUGCUGUUGAGGAGGCUUACAACAGUGCAAAUAAUCGUUCUCAGG